AAAAUAGCACACAUUUGAAUCUACUUGGAUAUAGGUGUUUCCAAACGAACUUGUAUUGCAGAUUGAAACCGCACAUUCCAUAACAGAUACGCACAGGUAAUCUAUUGCAAGAAUGUGUGUGGUUUGCAGGUGACUGGCAGCUUAUGUGACUAAGUGGGGAAACGCACACAGCCCCGGUCUGAGGCUAACCUUAAUAUGGUGCCCAGCUCUCUCUCACAUCCUGCAUCUACUUCCUACAAACCUCAGCCGGUGUCCGUACAGCAUCACUGUGCCACAGAUCAACACCACAGGAUGUUUGUACAGUUCUAAUGUGUGUGAAAAGGAAGGGUUAUCUCACCUGACGUGCAGACUGUGUGUUCACUGCAAGAACUGGGAAAUGCACGGCUCUUUAAUUAACUUUGAUGAAAAAGCUGAGACACCCAAUAACAUACACAGUGUUACAUGCAUGAGAAAGCGUGUGGUCGGGUCAUUUCACCUUGUAAAAAGCUGUACUUUACUUGUGCCACUUAUUUGGUCAUCAUCGGGUUGUUUCUUGAUGACUGUCAAAGACCAGACACCUGUUAGCUGGGCCUCUGUGCCCGCCUAAUCUGCAGCUAUUAUUGUUGUCAGGAAACAGAUGUGAGUUCACGCACUGGAAAGAAAGUCUGUUUGUGACUGUGGUCAAGUGCGUCUGCACGGUACGGCUGUGUGCAAGUGUUUGUGCGUGUGUGCAGGGUGUGGGCGGGUGGGUUUCGGAAAGUAUGACUUGGCGUUUCCUACACCCCGUUUCUGCCCCUGACUAUGGGUUAAAUGCACAGCAGUGUCUGGCUAUACUGUAUUACUACACCACACACACACAAACACACACCGGUGAGGUGGUAGUGCACGUGAGAGUUCAUGUGUGACUGUGCGAUGACCUUGGUCAACUGUGGUCAAACCCAGUGAGGCGGGUGGGAAGUGGUUACGUAUAAUUUGGCAUUUGAUCGGCCUCUUGAAGUUGAGAAAGAGACAUGCGCUCGAGAUCAAAUGUGCAGAGACAUUAGGCGUAAUGCACCGUCAGAGUAAUGCAAUAUGAUGUGAGGUUGCUCAGAUGCUUGCAGACACACAUCUAAAUGUUGGGGCACCACAUAGGAUAAAUUAGAUAAAUUAGUUCCAGAUGCUGCAGAACAUAUAGACUGUCUUAAUAACAUUCUCAUACAGAUGGCUAACACACGGCACACUCGCAGACACACACACUCACACACACACACACACACACAGAGGAGCUCCAAAAACAGCCACCCUGGGAAACGGUGAAUUCCCCAAACCGCGGAGUGCAUGAGAGGGUGAGGGGAGUCAUGGGAAAGCAGGAUGCCUGCAUGCAGAGCCACCGAGCGAGCAGACAGGGCCAGAGCUAAAACAGACAGAGCAGAGAAAAGACGGGAGCAGAAGAAUACACAUCCUCACUUGGCGAGAACAGACGACAGCAUCUGCCGGUUCAAAGACUCCAUCCAAAAACUGUUCCAGCGCACACGUAGGGUGAGGGAGGUCGAUCGCAGUUCAGCGCCCGGCCUGACACAGUUUGGGAAAUCCCAGAUGAGAGGAUGCAGUAGGUGUCGGGGCCUUCGAGGUCAGGAGACGCCUAUGGCUCAGCCAAAGGCAGUGGGGGGAGAAGGAGGAGGAGGGGGGGGGGGGGCUAGCUAGGUGGAAAGGCUGAAUAGCAGGACGGGACUGUGGAUUAAUGUGAGAGGGUCUUACCUGAUGAUCUGGGGAAAAUGACAGUUGAAAGACUAGUGGAGUCUGAAGUGUUUGGAAAGUUCCAGUCAGUUGGCUCAGGUUACGAAUCACGUCAAGCAGUCCUCCGCUCAUGUGUGGUCACUCUGAGUGCCUACUAAAGUCGCUGUAGUCUAAUCCGCCUCCCCAAUAAAAUGUCUUCAUGGCCAUGUCAAAAACAAGUUGUCAUGAAAUAGAGAAAUUGAGUUCUUUAUUUUUAGCCUUUUAGAGCAAAACAAUUUUAUCGAUUUCAAUUCAUCUCUUUAGGGUCACGCCCCCUGAACUUUCUCUAAAAAAAUAUCUCUGUCCAACCAGACGCUGCCUCUGUAUGCAGGAUGUUUAAUGUUUGGAGGUAAAUGUUCUCGGUUCCCUUCCUAUAACACACACACACACACACACACUUCAAUCUUCAAAUUUACCUCCAUUGCUCCGCCGAGCGUGCCUGAGAGUGUUCGAAAUGAUUACAAAGCUAGACAGGUGAGAAAAAAUGAUUUUUUUCUUCUAUUCAUACACCGUAUGUCUUUCUAUUUGACUCCUUAAAUUGCACACACAUACUGUCUCAUGAAGCAAAUGCUUUCUUUGAAAUUGAAAAAAAGGGAAACUAUUUUUCCGUACUAUAUUUCCUUUGAGUGUUUCAGUAUUAAUGAAUGAUGAACAAUUUUCCUAGUUUCGCUAAAAGUUGCGAAACCGAGAGGGAGAAAAAAAGCAGUGAAUGUUAUUCGUCUUUUGACGCCGUCUGACUUAUGGUUAACCUCAGGUUUCACAUGAGUUGAUUGGGCUAACUGAGUAGGAUUCAAACUUGAAUUCAUGAGUCACCUGACAAACACUUUGAUUGUAAUUUCAUGAGUUUCUCUGACUUUCCUAGCAUAAUAUUUUAAAAGAAUAUUUGUCACACUUUUUAAGAAUUAUUCCAUUAUUAGGAAAUGUUGAAUUGAAAAUCUGAGUUUUUGUAAAUGGAUUAGGGCUUUGAAUAUCCUCCAGGUAUACGCUGCCCUAACAUCAUGAGCAUCAUUCUCUCCCUUUGUCCCAGUGUGCUUUUGCCACGAAAAAAGUUCAUCUAUCAUUACAAGAACAUGCGCUGGGCAAGGGGCCGACACGAGACUUACCUCUGCUUUGUUGUGAAAAGGCGAGUGGGGCCGGAUUCCUUGUCCUUCGACUUCGGACACCUCCGCAAUCGCAAUGGCUGCCAUGUAGAGUUGUUGUUCCUGCGCUACCUCGGAGCCCUGUGCCCUGGUUUGUUGGGUUGUGAAGACACUGGAGGGAGGAGGCUGAGUUACUCCAUCACCUGGUUCUGCUCAUGGUCUCCCUGCGUAAACUGCUCCAUCAGUUUGUCCCAGUUCCUCAGCCAGACGCCCAACCUCCGCCUCAGGAUCUUCGUCUCCCGCCUUUACUUUUGUGACUUGGAGAACAGUCGUCAAAGAGACGGCCUGAGAAUGCUGGAAAAAGCUGGCGUGAAAGUAACAGUCAUGAGUUACAAAGAUUACUUCUAUUGCUGGCAGACUUUUGUAGAUCGCAAACAAAGCCAGUUUAAGGCCUGGAAAGAGCUUCACCAAAACUCUGUUCGCCUUUCCAGAAAACUCAACCGCAUCCUGCAGCCUUGUGAAACAGAAGAUUUAAGGGACGCCUUCAAGCUGCUCGGACUGUGAAAAGUACCUCUGACCUCCUCUGAUGUUGGCAUUGACUCUUUUAUUGAGUAGAAAGUAGAACAUGUUGGCAUUGGUCCAUCACCAAAAGUGCUAAAACUGAGAAUGAUACAAACUGAGACAAAAUAGAUAAAGUUGUGGCAAGGCUUCGUGUGUCAGCUGCUGCUUGCUUAUUCCGUUGCAUAAUGGAUGAUAUGAAAUAAAACAAUAAGAUAAUUAUUGUGUUUUGUGCCUUUGCUGGAAAAACGUAUUUAUGUAUGUAUAUAUAUUUGAGUUUGGAAAUUUUGGUCAUCACCAUCUUAUUUCUUUGGGUAAGCUAAGCUAAGUACAAUCAAACUCUGAAUGAGACAUCAAAAUAGAUGCAAUUAACCUUUAUGAACUGAAGACAGACAAAAACAACAUGGUAGAAACCAGUGAAUCCCCAAAGCGUACCUGGCUUUCGGUGACUAUAAUUAUCUAUGACCAUCAUGCUGUACUGAGAAAGACUUAAACUAUUUAAAAAGGAUUUCCGAGGUAAUAAAUUCUAUCUGAAUGCAAGUCUAAGCCCCACUUUCCAGACCCCGAUAUUGCCGCCUGGUUCAAAUCGAUGCAGCAGAGGU